AUGUACAUCAAACCCCGAGCCUCAAGUCCUCCGCCCCUUCUAACACAAUUCCAGCUCGAAUCCUACUACAAACUCUCCUAUACAAUCGUCUCCCUCGUCUUCCUCUCUCCACUGCUCGGCUAUGCCACCGCCGCAAUCGUGAACGAGCGAGCACACUGUGCUAUAGGCCGACGAGGCGUAGCAUUCAUCUCAUCUUUGUGCCAUCUAAUAGCCUACAUCUUGAACUGCGUGCAUCCACCAUACCCCGUCCUCGUUGUAUCAUUCAUAUUCGCAGGUCUGGGCAAUGGCCUCGCAGACUCGGCAUGGAAUGCCUGGAUUGGAAACCUCGAUAAUGCGAACCAAUUACUUGGGCUACUUCAUGGGUCUUAUGGCGUGGGUGCCGUUAUUAGCCCUCUCAUCGCAUCGCUGCUUGUUGCGGAUGCUGGUCUGCCAUGGUACUAUUUUUAUUACAUAAUGAUUGGAGGCGCUGCAAUCGAGGCUUUCGUCUGCGUUGCGUGUUUCUGGGAUUCUACAGGAGCGUCGUUCCAACUCGCUAAGAAUCAACAGCCCAAUGAGACAUCUGAGAGAGCAGGCUUGCGCAGUGUUCUAUCUACAAUGCCAUUUGCGCGAAUUACUUGGAUCUGUUCAAUCUUCUUACUUGGCUAUGUUGGCGUCGAAGUCGCACUAGGAGGAUGGGUUGUGACAUUCAUGAAAGAAGUGCGGCACGCCGCACCAUUUUCUAGCAGCAUGACUUCUACAGGUUUCUGGCUUGGGAUAACCCUUGGAAGGGUCAUCCUUGGAUUCGUGACUCCUUUGAUUGGUGAGAAAAUCGCUAUCUCGAUCUAUAUCUCGCUUGAGAUAGCAUUUUGCCUGAUCUUAUACUUGGUUCCGAACUUCUACGCUGGCGCAGUCGCGGUAUCACUGCAAGGCUUCUUUCUGGGUCCGCUAUUCCCGGCGGUCGUGAUUGUUACCACAAAACUCUUGCCAAAACACUUGCAUGUCAGCGCCAUUGGAUUUGCUGCAGCCUUUGGUGGUGGUGGCGCGGCCGUGCUUCCGUUUAUUGUCGGAAUACUUGCGCAAGCCAAGGGUGUUGAGGUUCUGAUGCCGUUUAUAAUCGCGCUUUCGGGGGCGAUGUUGUUUCUUUGGAAUUUUCUUCCAGGAGUCCCUAGAGAUAGCAGUGCAUCGGCUAACAAUAACCGUGGUACAUUAUAA